AUGUUGAACAGGAAGCACGACUUGGAACUCGACGAGAAGAUUGAGCAGCUCGUUAAAAACGGGCACGAUACGACAUUGUCACUCGAGGGUUUGGCGGCACAGAUCAGUUCUCUGAGCGAGACGUCAACUCUCAUAACGGACAAGGAUCCUCUUCAGAAACAGAUCUUGGAAACUCUAGAGAGGUUGGAGCAGACUGCCACCCUCAUCCGUACCAAGUCUAUUCUUGAACUUUUGCGGUCCCAAGAAGUUGGAGAGAGGUAUAAUUCGUUGAAUAACGCACACGAGGGGACCUUCAGCUGGCUCUUGGGCACAGGUUCUACUGACGAUGGUUCAGACCCUGAGAGUAGCUCAACCGGCCAGCCGGAGCAACGAGAGUCCUUACUACAAGAGAGAGAGGGGUUUAUUCGUUGGCUAGAGACUGGGACUAAAAUCUUUCAUAUCUCUGGAAAGCUAGGCUCGGGAAAGUCGACUUUGAUGAAAUUUAUCUGUGAACAUCCGGAUACCCAAACUCAUCUGAGUGCUUGGUGCAAAGGGACACCCGCGGGGGAUCCCGCAGGGAAGAAACUAAUACGUGGAAAAUUUUUCUUCUGGAACGAGGGAAGUCGUACCCAGAAGAGUCGUCUUGGUUUCAUUCGGGCGAUUCUUUACUCGAUCCUCACCCAGUCGCCCGAGCUAGAACCGUUGCUUUUUGGCUCCGCUCAUGGCGAAGACGUUCUUGACUUCGACUAUGCCUUCGGCCGACUAAUGACACUCGACAACAUAUACGCCGACCACAGAAUCGCCAUUUUUAUCGAUGCGCUAGAUGAGUGUGGCACUCGAACGGACCGUGAACAGUUGAUCAAAGAACUGGAGGUCUGGGCUUCUUUGAGGCCACACGAUCUCAAGAUUUGUGUUUCAAGUCGUGAACCCAGCGAUGUUGGGCGGGAUUCCCAAGCUUACCCCCGAAUCACACUCCAAAAUCACAAUCAUCAUGGAAUCUUGAGCUUUGUACGGGAUACACUAAGGAUGAAAGAUAUUUAUAUUCAGAAGGCAGCGUUGUAUCAAAGGAAAGCAAUUGAAAAGCGCAUUGCACGCGAGUCUGAGGGUAUUUUCCUGUGGUCGAAGCUCGCCGUUGAAGGAUUUCUCCGGAACAUCGAAUAUGGAUAUGACCUGCAAGGCGCCCAGAGACAGAUUGCGGCGCUCCCCAAAGACUUAGACAACCUUUUUACUAAAGUUGUUUCUAAUAUGGUCGCGGAGGGGUGUGUUGUGCCACUUGCACUGAUUCGGGUGGUCGCAUACUCGCCAAAACCAUGGCCUUUGUUGCGCUUGUCCUUUCUGCCGGACUAUCUCAACAACCGGAAUUUUGCCGAUCGCGACCUCCCAUAUGAGAGUAAGGACAACGUUGCUGAGCGAAGGGCGGCCGUCAACGCGUUGAUACACGACUGUCAGGGAUUGAUCGAAGUACGUCCUUCUUUGGGUAAAGCGCCGGGCGACGAUGUCGUAGUCAUGGCUCAUCGGUCGUUAUAUGAAUACUUUGCGCGUGCUGAGAACGAGCGUACAGAGCCCACUCCGGGUUUUGAGGCGCUAGAUUGCUUAUGCCAGGCCUUUUUGGCCGAGCUAAGAUUUAUAAGACACGACAGACACGACAUCGACAAUUUCGACUCGCGGACUGUGAUGAGAGUGAUUCCAGCCCCAGGCGGACCAUUAUUUUUCGGCUCGGGAUUUCCUUAUCACAUACGAGAGACUAUGAGUCUCAUGCAAGCUUUUGUGCAGCAUCGCUGGCAACACGAGACAAAGUUCUACAAAUUCCUGGCCUCCUUUGUUGACAUCUAUCAGCACAUGGUUCCCGGCACCACGGACUCAAAAUUUGAAUUCUUUCUCCCCCUUGCUGGACGACCGGCACGCAUUGAGAAGGUCUGCAAUGACCUUUCAUUAUGUACUCAGGUACUGGCCGUGUGCAACGGUGUUCUCCCUUACCCAAAGCCUGAUACCGGAGACUGGGUCCAUACAAUCAUGGAGAACCUUCCUUUUGACAUGCUAGUGAAUUUGCUAAUCACUGAGGCCGGGAAUCCAGAGGCCGCUGUAGGAUUGAUUCAGCAUGUCGAGUUGUAUUUGGAGUACGGCCUACCGUUGAAUGGGGAGACAAACUUGCCUCAGCCCCGAGCCAAACGGGUGUCGCAUUGGUCUUCAUUUUUGAUCGACGCGCUAACCCGAGGCGAACGGUUGGGUGAACUCCGGAGGCUCCUCCCCGUCUUCGCCUUGCUUCUCUUACACGGUGGGGAUCCACGAACAAGGUUCGAAGUUCGGCCGGAUAGGCGUGAAAACGGGCGGGGGCUAGGGUACUUCUCGGAGGGGAAUCACCGCGAGGAUCUCUUCUUGGACCCCGUGACAUUGAUCAUUGGAGGAGACCACGAGCACAGCACGGCACGGUGCGAUUUCUGCAAUACAUACUGUGCUGGCACACUGGGGCAACUCCAAAGGCAAUUUGGCAAGAGCUUCACCCUCACGCAGUUGCUGGAAUAUCUGUUCCCAUUCAGAAAAGGUGCCAUCGUUUGCGAGAUGGCCAAAUGGCAAUUGACUCUCCCCGGGGAUCUCCCCGCGGCCGAGGUGGCUGAGAUGAGGCGCCAGCGGUUCGAAUCGAAGGUCAAGAAGCAACUGCUCACGCCAGACGCCAUCAUAACAUGUUUUGGGGGCAAGGACCUUGAUUGA